GAGCCGUGCCGCCUCGCUCGCCCGGGCCCCGCCGAGGCUGCUGCUCCCCCGUCCCGGCGCGGGAGGACUCGCUCCAAACUCCCUGAACUUUAGGAGCAGCCCCCGCAGGGCGAAACUCUCAGGGACCCCCACUCCGGGCGGCGCCCCUUGACGACCUCCCCUCGCCGAGCCCCCUGCUGACAAGUGCCUGGACUCCCAGGGCCUCAGGGGCCCGGCUGGAUCUGACUGUCCCCAGCCCAGUGCCCGGCAACGAUGCUCAUGAGGAAAGUGCCCGGCUUCGUCCCGGCCUCUCCCUGGGGGCUGCGGCUGCCGCAGAAAUUCCUCUUCCUUCUCUUCCUCUCCGGCCUCGUCACCCUGUGCUUCGGGGCCCUGUUCCUGCUGCCCAACUCCUCUCGCCUCAAGCGCCUCUUCCUGGCCCCCCGGACCCAGCAGCCCGGCCUGGAGGCAGUGGCCCAAGUCGCCGGCCACCCCCUGACCCGCGAGCAGGAGUCGCCUCCGAACCCGGCCCCCGCGGCUCCAGCCCCGGGUGAGGACGACCCCAGGAGCCAAGCCAGUCCCCGCCGCAGGAAAGGGUGGCUGCGGCGCACCCGCCCCACCGGGCCGCGGGAGGAGGCCACGGCGUCCCGGGGCAGCGGCGCCACGGCCCUCAGACCGCAGGAGGGGUGCAUCUCCUCUAGCUUUGACUUCAACGCGUUCCGGAGCCGCCUCCGCCACCCGGUCCUGGGCACUAGGGCCGACAAGAGUAAGGAGCCCCAGAGCCUAGUUCAAAGCCAGCGGGAGAAAAUCAAGGAGAUGAUGCAGUUCGCCUGGCAGAGCUACAAGCGCUAUGCGAUGGGGAAAAACGAGCUUCGGCCCCUCACAAGAGACGGCUACGAGGGAAACAUGUUCGGAGGCCUCAGCGGGGCAACGGUCAUUGAUUCCCUCGACACCCUCUACCUCAUGGAGCUGAAGGAGGAGUUCCAGGAGGCCAAGGCCUGGGUGGAAGAGAGCUUCCACCUGAACGUGAGUGGAGAAGCAUCCUUGUUCGAAGUGAACAUCCGGUACAUCGGAGGACUUCUCUCGGCCUUCUACCUGACGGGCGAGGAGGUGUUCCGAAUAAAGGCCAUCAAGCUGGGAGAGAAACUCCUGCCGGCCUUCGAUACCCCCACGGGAAUCCCAAAAGGCGUGGUGAACUUCAAAAGCGGCUCCAACAGGAGCUGGGGCUGGGCCAUGGCAGGAAGCAGCAGCAUCCUGGCGGAGUUUGGAUCCCUGCACUUGGAGUUCUUACACCUCACCCAGCUCUCUGGCAACCAGGUCUUCGCAGAAAAGGUCAGGAACAUCCGAAAGGUCCUUAGGGAUAUUGACAAGCCCUUCGGCCUCUACCCCAACUUCCUCAGCCCGGUGAGCGGGAACUGGAUGCAACACCAUGUCUCAGUUGGAGGACUCGGGGACAGUUUUUACGAAUAUUUGAUCAAAUCCUGGCUGAUGUCGGCCAAGACAGAUAUGGAGGCUAAAGAUAUGUACUACGAAGCCUUGGAGGCAAUAGAGACCCACUUGCUGAAUGUCUCUCCCGGGGGGCUGACCUACAUUGCUGAGUGGCGAGGGGGGAUUCUGGACCACAAGAUGGGGCACCUGGCCUGUUUCUCCGGGGGCAUGAUUGCCCUCGGCGCUGAGGAUGCCAAGGAGGAAAAGAGGGCCCACUACCGAGAGCUCGCAGCCCAGAUCACCAAGACGUGCCACGAAUCGUACGCCCGCUCAGAUACCAAACUGGGGCCCGAAGCCUUCUGGUUUAACUCAGGCAGAGAGGCCGUGGCCACGCAGACGAGCGAGAGCUACUACAUCCUGCGGCCCGAGGUGGUGGAGAGUUACAUGUACCUGUGGCGGCAGACCCACGACCCCAUCUACAGGGAGUGGGGCUGGGAGGUGGUGAUGGCCUUGGAGAAAUACUGUCGGACGGAAGCCGGGUUCUCUGGGAUCCAAGACGUAUACAGUAAAGUUCCCGACCACGACAACAAGCAGCAGACUUUCUUUCUAGCGGAGACACUAAAGUAUCUCUAUCUUCUGUUCUCUGAAGAUGACAUGCUCUCGCUGGAAGACUGGGUGUUCAACACGGAGGCCCACCCGCUCCCCGUGAGCCACUCGGACAGCUCCGGCAGGGGCGGGGCCUGACUCCCACCCGUCGCCCUGCGGCUGCGGGACCACCUCUACGGGAUCUGGGGCUGUUCUCAAACGGAUUGGAGACGUGGGCCCCUGCCUGGCGGACCCGGCAGAUGUGUUGGACGAGCAACUUCUUUUCCUCUAUGAGGAGACAGGACUCGGAGACACAGCGAUGUCACACCAGGCCCAGAUGUUCGUUUCCACAGCGAAUUUCUGUGAAACCUGCUCACUUGCCAUUCCAGGGCCAAAGCACCGGAGGUUUGCAUUGCAGCCUUGUGUAUUUGAUUUCCUUCCUUUCGUUUUGGAGGUUUUUUGGUUUUUGCUUGAUUUUGCCUUUUCUCUACAGUUGUGUUUUCUCACAGAUUUUAAAUAUAGUUUUCAAAAUCAUGUGCUUUCAAAAAUGGUGUCCUCCCAAUAAACUAAACCUUAAAGUGUUUGCACACACACACA